AUGAAGUCCUGUUUUAGGAAUCAGAAAUAUGAUGUAUGGAUCAGUAUUAUUCACAUUUUACAGGUCAGAAAAUUGAGGCACAGAUAAUAAAGUAACUUCCCAAGGUUACCAGGUGCUCCAGCUCUAGAAGCUGUGCUCUUAGCAUUCUGCUACCAAAUAUUUUGAAAAGAAGAAAAAGUAAUAAGAAGUCUGAAGACAACCAAGUAUGAUUAUUUCACAGGACAGUCACAAGAUGCCAUUCUCCUACUCUUGCAGAUACACUGGCCUUAAACGUUUCUCCGUGAAUACUUAUCUAUUCCAUCCUCUCAUUAUGUUUCAUUAUCUUCCACAUUGACUCACAUUAUCUUGUAAUCUGUCACAUUGACCAUGCAGUUGGCUCAAACCCUAGAUCUGGAAAGUUGUCUUCUCCACCUAUCCAGAAUGAUAUAUCCAAAGAUUAUAUCAACUCUUAACCCUGCUACAAAGCCUUUCCAGAAAACAUAA